CCAGCUGAAUCUACUGAUAGAGUCUUUUCAAGCGGAAUCUGUCUUCAUCUGUUAGAUAUCAUCUUACAUCCAGUUUCAUGGCUAAUAAGCGCCCAAUGCUUCCGAAUAUUGAUCGAUCAAUCACUGUGAUGAAUUAGUGCAUAUUGAUGCUGGGGAGCUCAAAGGAAACAGUCAUGUGGUGAGAUUUGUGCGUCAUUGGGGACCCCGGUGGUGGCCGCGGUGUGUAUUGUUUCUUCGUCGUGUCUCAGACCGGAGUGAGAGGGUCAGUACGCGCACACACCGAUCACCGAUCAGCGCGUUAAUUGAAUCCUUUAAUCCGUCGCGACCGGUGCGCCUCAGCCCGGAUGACAUCCGGAGUGACGGAGAGAGUGCGAAGGGUGCAGCGCCGGAGGAGCUGCGCAUAUCUGCAGGUACACUAGCGCUGUCGUAAAACGGGAGUCGGGAGCAAGUCAGCAAUCAGUAAAGCGAUGCCAGGGGUAACCAAGUACAAUUUAGUGGAUGACGCGCACGAUUUGAGAAUCCCCAUGCACAACGACGAGGUGUUUAAGCAUGGGGUCUGCUUUGAGGCAAAGUACAUUGGCAGUUUGGAAGUGGGUCGCCCCGGCAGCCGGAUGGAGAUAGUUGCUGCUAUGAGAAGAAUCCGAUAUGAAUUCAAACUGAAGAAUAUAAAGAAAAAGAAGGUCAACAUUGUCGUAUCUACUGAUUUUGUCAAAGUGAUUUUGCGCAAAAGGAGGAAGAGAAAAGGGUGGUCAUGGGACGAGAAUACGAUCUUGGUGACGCAGGAUCCCAUCUACAGGAUUUUCUAUGUCUCACAUGACGCCCAAGACUUGAAGAUCUUCAGCUAUAUAGCGAGAGAUGGCCAGAGCAACAUUUUCCGCUGCAAUGUGUUCAAGUCGAAGAGGAAAUCUCAGGCCAUGAGGAUCGUGCGAACAGUGGGUCAGGCAUUUGAUGUGUGUCACCAGCUGACCCUGCAGCAAAAAAGCGAUGACCAGGAGGAUGAGGAGGGGAAGGCAGAGGAAUCACAGGCAGUGCCAGCAAAGAAGAGGUUUGCAUUGUCAGAGGAGACCGACCUUGAAGCUACUACAGAGGAGAGCAUUGAGUGCGUCUCCUCAUCAGACCUGGAGAAGAGUAAAAAGGACGGGGCCCUCAGUAUCAAUGACAAGGUGACUGAUGACCCAUCUCUCCUGCUGGGCUCCCCGAUUCUUGGAGCCUCUGUGUCGGGUCAGUCAGCAAAAGAGGCUCCCUGCUCUACAGAGCACCAGGUCCAGCUCCUCCAGAAACAACUGCAGCAGCAGGAACAGCAGGCACUGGCAGCUUCAGAGCAAGUCCAUCUACUUCAGGAGCAGCUGUCGGUGGAGAUGUGUGCACGGACUGAAACCCAGGCCAGAGUGCGGAGGCUGCUGCAGCAGAACACCGACCUGCUGCAACACAUUUCCCUGCUGGUCAAACAGAUCCAGGAACUGGAGCUCAAAUCUGCUGGUCACUUAACAUCCAUGGGAUCCCAGGACAGUCUUCUAGAAAUCACUUUCCGCGCCAAGCCCCCCAGCUCUUCUUCAUCUAUGGGUCCCUUUGCAGCUCAAUCCCAGGUCCAGAUUAGUGACAGUGCCUGGGUCUCUGCCCUCCCCGGGCCCUGCUCUCCAGGCACCGACAGUAGCCAUCUUGGGCUCAGCGGCAGUGGAGUUCGUCUCGAGUGCUUUCGCUUCACCUCCCGCGGGCCGGACAGCCAGGAGCAGGCCCAGGACACAGGGGACACUCCCAGCGACGGAGCCCUGGAUGAAAGCUCGCUGCUGGGGGAGCAGGUCCUGGGAGCCCUGGAGCUGCUGCGGUUUAGGGAGUCGGGGAUUGGGUCGGAGUAUGAAUCAAACACAGAUGAGAGCGAUGACCGGGACAGCUGGGAGCAGGGGGAGGGAGUGGGGUCUGAUGGUCCCGCUCGACUCUUAAACGUGCUGAACGCAGAGAGUCUGCCGGACUGUUUAGGGGAUGAGAUGGCUGUGUAGUGGUGCUCUUAAAGCAGUUCAAGGCAACAUUGCACGUACACACCACCCCAAUGAGAAACAGCUGAAAUUCAGAAUCUGAAGGACUUGCAUCAUUGACAGAGCACUCACGAGCCAUUGUUCUGUUUUGGUUUGCUGCUUCCUGUGCACUGAGAAAAUGUCCCAAUUGUAUGAGUGGUGCAAGAUUUAUUAAUAGAAACAGAGAUGCAGAAAGUAUAAUCAAUUGAUGGAUUUGUUCUUAAUGUUUAAUUCAACUCCAUUGCAGCUCCAAAACAAGGUGCACCAGGUGUGUUUAUAGUUUGGAAUUUGGUGCAGUGCAGACUUAUUCAAACCUUGGACUGUCAGAUAGCAUAAACACUGUUGUCUUUCAGGCUCCAUCUCUGCUGUCUGUUAGUAUGUGUGUGUUAUACUGUGUGCGUGUCAGUUUGAUGGUUGCUGUACCUUACAUCCUUUUGGUUCCCUGACUCUCUGGGCUUGUUACAUUGUGGUUUUGUCUGUGUUUAUGGAGUUGUGACACAUCCGCCAUGGACGUGGUCAUUUUCUUUGUUGUUUCCCAGUGAAGAUCUGUGGAGAAAAGAUCCCCUUUGCCAAGUCUGUCUGACUAUGCUAACGCAUUUUUUGGAGUUUGAAAAUUAAAACCUUACUGUGCUUGCUAUGACACAAAUCUGUAAUUACACAUGAGUUUAAAAAAUGAGCAUAUUUCUUUCAUGGUCUGAUUUAUUUCACAUGUUUCUACUCAUACUAAUCUUCAUCCUGUUUUAUAUUAUUAAACACUUUCUGAUUAGGUGAUUCUGUGUUUCAGAGGGAAACAUCACAUUGCUUGUCUCUGCAGCUUAAAGAUGCAAGCACAAAGUACUGUGAGUAUUAUUUGUUAAUGCCAUACUGCAGUAACCAUAAACUGCUGCGUCACUGUUGUUCCACCCUUGGAAAGUCCUGAACUAUCAUAAAUAAAGUUACUAGCACAGCUUGCCACACAAUGGACGUUUUGAGCAGCACCCUUCCUUGUGCAUGCAAUUAAAAAACCUGAAAACCAAAUAUCAAAGUCCUGAACUACAAAUUCAGAUAAGGAUGGAGGCAUGUAAGACUCCUGGACACGUUCAUAUACUUCUGGCUAACUGUCGCACCAGCUCCACCUCGCUGACUGUGAGCCAGAUCUCCGAAUCACUGAAUGGGGACGUGUCUUUGAGCUCUUUCCAAAAUCAAUGAAUCUCUUCCUGUCCCCCCCCCCCCUUUCCUUCACCCACCUUCCUCCCCUCCUUUCCCUGAAGCUUUUCACCUCUUCCCCACUAUCCAGCGCUCACAAUCUAUCUGUUGUAUCCAGAUUUCUCUGUCAAUCUCUGUAAUUUCUCUCCAAAGUUACAUCUGUUCACAUGAAGUGUACUAAACAAGCAUUGUGGAAUACAUGGCUUUUCUCAAAUGUCAUCUGGUGUCAUGGUAAAUGUUCAGUGUAUUUAGUGUAAGUUACUAAAUGCUGAAAUACAUCAAUAGGUGAAAUAACCAGAAAUAUGUCUCUGACAUAAUGAUAAGCAGCACAAGUUUCUGGGCUGACCUUUUCAAAAUGUUUUUCUCAUUAUUAUUUAUAACUUGUUGAAAAAAGGGGGUGCGGGAGGUCUUUUGAGGAAGAUCUCUCUCUUAUCAUUAGAGAUACACCAGCUGUGGACAUUAAACAGGGUCAUCUCCCAUUAAGAUCACUCUACGGACAGCCGCAGCUUGAUGUAAUGCUGCAGAUAAGCUGAAAAAUAUGAAGAAUAUCAGCCAUUACCCGCCCACAUCCAGGCAUAACUCCCUGUAGCUCUACUAGUGCAGCUGCAGCUCACACAGAAAGUGGGCGGCCUCCAGGACGCGGCCUCUACUUUGGUUUGCUUGAUUAAAAUGAAAAAUGGUCUGUAGUGUCCUUCUGCUCGCCCCCUCUUGUGUUCUGUAGGUAAAAUGAAUUCAAUAAAACAUUGUUUUACAGUACAUGUAGUGUAAAGUUUA